AUGACCACCCGUAUAGAACGAGAAGGCGACGAUAGCUACGAGGCCACCAACGACGAGGCGCCCAUCCCCUCGAGCCCCGUCGACGACUCGUACACGACCAGCGCGACGGAGGCGAUGCCCGUGCAAAGGGACGGGACCGAGUUCGCGGACCCGAUGCAGCCGCCGGAGUCUAACUCGGAUGAGCAGCUGGCAACCGACGAGCGUGAGGCAAUUGACCAAAGCAAUGUGCUGCCCGGGGACCGUCUACGCCACGCGCGCGCCCGAGGGCCGUACAGCGAGGGCGCCAACGAAGACGAGCUGCCAGCUGCGUUCCCUGUUGAGUUGCGCAUCAUGAUAUACUCAUACCUACUCAUACUCAAAGACCCUAUUGACCCGAUGAGCGAUCGCAUCCCACACCAAAGAUCAAAACUCCAUGCCCAGGUUCUUUCUACAAACUCACAAAUCUACCGCGAGUCACGAUCAGUGCUUUACUCCCAGAAUUGUUUUGUCUUUAUGAUUUGGAGCAUUGUGUGGAUAGACGCUUUCUUUGAUCAAAUUGGCCGUGAAAAUGCGAGCUAUAUCCGGUCUGUGCUUGUUGAUUUCCGUGAGGUCUGCAGGUUUGGAAGCAAGGUCACCCUUGAGCAACCUAGUGCAGCCGGUCUAGACAGGAUCCAGAGGGACUGCACGAGCUUGAAAACGAUCGUGGUGGAGGCGUUUGUAUUGAACAGAGUUCCAUUGUGGAAAGACUCGCAAGACACUACCAGGGCGUUAUCGAUUAUGGAUGCGCGGUUCAGAGCAUUUCCGACUCUUCCAGAAAUAAACGUCGAGGUUUACGACUACAACCCUGUGGGUGUGGAUAUACGAAGGGAAAUAGAAAGCUCUUGGAUGGAGAUUGAAUAUAAGACCAGUGUGGGCGCGCUCGCCCUCGCUCUGACUGUCUCGCCAGCUGCAGCCACUUCAUACUCGCUGCUGCACAACUUUGACGCCAGCAAUUUCUUUCAAAACUUUUCGCUGACCACUGGCACCGACCCUACUCACGGGUUCGUUGACUAUGUCGACUAUGACACCGCUCACAGCUCGGGGCUGGCUGCCAUCAAGUCUGGCAAUGUCUAUCUCGGUGUGGACCACACCAACACCUACAGCUCUGGUGGCCGGCCCUCCACUCGCGUCGAGUCUAAUGUGUAUUUCGAUCACGGCCUGCUGAUUGCCGACUUUGCCCAUAUACCCGCUGGUGCCUGCGGUGUGUGGCCUGCCUUUUGGACUGUCGGCAAGAGCUGGCCGGCCGACGGCGAGAUUGAUGUCAUUGAAGGUGUCAACAAACAGGCCAACAAUCAAAUGGCCCUGCACACCCAGGGCGACUGCCAGAUCACCAGCAAGGACCAGACCGGCUCGACCACCGCCCCCCAGUGCUCGCUCUCUGCAGGCACAGAGGGCUGCGAGAUCCAGGGCGUCAAGGGCAGCUAUGGUGAUGCCUUUAAUGCUGGCGGCGGCGGCGUCUAUGCUAUUGAGUGGACCUCCAAGUUUAUCAAAAUCUGGUCCUUUGCACGCGAUGAGAUCCCGGCCUCUGUCACCGCGGGCAAGCCCGACUCGGCCGAGUUUGGCACUCCAAUGGGCAACUUCCAGGGCUCGUGCAAUGUGGGUGAUGAGUUCAAGGAGCAGCGGAUUAUUAUCAACACGGACUUUUGCGGUGACUGGGCUGGUAGUGUUUUUGCGCAGUCGGAGUGCCCGCUCAGCGACAAGAGCGAUGGCACUGCGAGCUGCCAGGCGUAUGUUGGCAACAAUCCGACUGCCUUUGCGGAUGCGUACUGGGAGAUCAAGUCGAUCCAGAUCUAUGAGCAGGGUGCUCCAGCCACAUCCAAGCCGACUACUACUGUCAAGCCAACUACUGUGGAACCUACCACUAUCAAGCCUACUACCGUCAAACCUACUACUGUCGAAUCGGCCACGGAAAAACAUACCUCUGUAGCUCCUACUACCGAGCCCAUCACCACAACGACCACGCUGCAUUCCACCAGCACCUUUACCCACACGGUUUUCCGCAGCCAACCGUCCAGCCCAGUCCACAAGCCGUCGACCACACCGUCGACCUCGCCGUGCACAUCCCAGGCCAAGAGCACUAUCACAGUAACCUCGUUCACCACACCGCCGCCGUCAAUCGAGGCGUCAGCCACCCCGUCGUCCAAGCUGACCACCACGACUAUUGUGACCACCUCGUUUGUCGACGUCUGCCCGAGCGGCUACACGACCAAGGUCGUCACGCAUACCGUGACCUACUGCCCUGCCGAUGCGACUUCUGGCGGUGUUCCGCCGGGCUUUACCACCACAGCGAAAGCGUGCCCAACCGGCUGCGGCUCUAAGCCGACCACGGUGAUUGUCACUGUGCCUACGGGCACGGGUACUGUGACUGAUGUUGCUCCUGAAACAUCGCUGGUGGCUGCAGUCACCACGCAGCCUGCGUCAGUGCCUGCUUCGAUCCCUGCUUCAAUCCAUACUUCAGUCGCUCCAGCUUCAGUUCCUGUUUCCGUCCCCGCUUCAAUCCCGCUUGUCUCCUCGCCAUCUCUGCCAGCGCCACCAGCACGCACGCCCGCUUCGUCCGUGGCGAUUCCAUCCGUGGUGACUCCCACAACUUUCCCGGGCAGCAGCACUGCGACAGCAGUCAACCCGGCAUUUACCGGAGCUGCUAGCACGAGCAAGCCGUUUAUUGCAGGCUGUCUUGUCGCGGUGAUUGCUGUGUUUUUAGUUUAG